CCCGCCGUGCGCGCAUGUGUGUGUGUGCGCGCCCAUCUCCCCCCCGCCUCUCAAAAGUUUGCCUCGGCGGCCGGGGGGCUCCCGUGCCGCCGCCCCCGCAGCCGGGGGGCGCGGCGGCGCGGCGGCGCGGCGGCGGCGCGGGACUUGCGCGCCGCGCCAUGCCGGCGGCGCAGGGGGCUGCGCGGCGCUGCGCCCUGCCGGGGCUGCUGCUGCCGCUGCUCCUGCUGCUGCUGGCGUCCGAGGCCGCGGGGGCUGAGGGCAAGGCGCGGAGCUGCGGCGAGGUGCGGCAGGCGUACAGCGCCAAGGGCUUCAGCCUGGCCAGCGUACCCUACCAGGAGAUCGCAGGGGAACAUCUGAGAAUCUGCCCUCAGGAAUAUACAUGUUGCACCUCAGAAAUGGAGGACAAGUUAAGCCAACAGAGCAAACUGGAGUUUGAAAACUUAGUGGAGGAGACAAGUCACUUUGUACGCACCACUUUUGUAUCCCGGCACAAGAAGUUUGAUGAAUUUUUCCGAGAACUUCUGGAGAACACGGAAAGAUCCUUAAAUGAUAUGUUUGUCCGGACAUAUGGCAUGCUGUACAUGCAGAACUCAGAGGUGUUCCAGGACCUCUUCACAGAGCUGAAGCGUUAUUACACAGGAGGCAACGUGAACUUGGAGGAAAUGCUGAAUGAUUUCUGGGCUCGGCUGCUGGAGCGGAUGUUCCAGCUCAUAAACCCCCAGUACCAUUUCACUGAGGACUACUUGGAGUGUGUAAGCAAGUACACAGACCAGCUGAAGCCGUUUGGAGAUGUACCCAGGAAGCUGAAGGUUCAAGUGACUAGAGCGUUCAUUGCUGCACGGACCUUUGUUCAGGGGCUGACAGUAGGCAGAGAGGUUGCAAACAGAGUAUCCAAGGUCAGUCCCACCCCAGGGUGCAUCCGGGCCUUAAUGAAGAUGUUGUACUGCCCUUACUGCAGAGGACUUCCCACUGUGAAACCUUGCAACAACUAUUGCCUCAAUGUAAUGAAGGGCUGCCUAGCAAAUCAGGCUGAUUUGGAUACUGAGUGGAAUCUGUUCAUAGAUGCUAUGCUUCUGGUAGCGGAGAGAUUAGAGGGACCAUUCAACAUUGAAUCAGUCAUGGAUCCUAUUGAUGUCAAGAUUUCUGAAGCCAUCAUGAACAUGCAAGAAAACAGCAUGCAGGUGUCGGCAAAGGUUUUUCAAGGAUGUGGCCAGCCUAAACCAGCACCUGCCCUGAGAUCUUCCCGUUCUGUCCCUGAAAACUUCAAUACCAGGUUUAGACCAUAUAACCCAGAGGAGCGACCUACAACUGCUGCUGGCACAAGUUUGGAUAGGCUGGUAACAGAUAUUAAAGAAAAGCUAAAGCUCUCUAAAAAGUUCUGGUCAACAUUACCCUACACAAUCUGCAAGGAUGAGCGAGUGACAGCGGGUCCAUCAAUCGAGGAAGACUGCUGGAACGGCCACACCAAGGCAAGAUACUUGCCUGAGGUUAUGAACGAUGGCUUAACCAACCAGAUCAACAAUCCAGAAGUAGAUGUGGACAUCACAAGGCCAGACACCUUCAUUCGACAGCAAAUCAUGGCCUUACGUGUCAUGACUAACAAAUUGAAGAAUGCAUAUAAUGGAAAUGAUGUCAACUUCCAGGAUACAAGUGAUGAAACCAGUGGCUCGGGCAGUGGAAGCGGCUGUACAGAUGACAUCUGUCCCACUGAGUUUGAUUUUGUCACCACCGAAGCACCACCGGUUGACUCCGACAGGAGGGAGGUGGAGGCUUCAGCCACAGAGCUUGGCUCGUCACUGCAGACAUUGCUCAUCGUCUUUGUCAGUCUCAUACUACAGAGACAGUGGAGAUAAUCCUGGAUCUGGUUGGAGAAACUGUGUUUUAGCUGCAGAAACAGCCAACUUUAUUCUUUUCUUAUACUCUUGGACAAUGGACCAUGCCACAAACACUUGCAGUUUUCUACAAGAAGAGAGCAGUACUGCAACCUGCUUCCCUUUUUUGUUUUCCCAAAGAGUACCGGGUGCCAGACUGAACUGCUUCCUGCUUUUUUCAGAUAACUCUGAAGAUGAUAUCCACUCUUAAGAGAAUUCUUUCUCAAACUUUUAUUACAGGAGACUUUCUGAGCUUCAUUUCCUUUUAUGCUGCAAAAGUAAAAAAGGAUCUUACAGUGUGUGUUUUUCCCUAACAAGAAAAAGGAGGGGGGAAGAAACCAAGAAAACGGUUUUCUUUCUGAAUCAGGCCUGACUCAAGGCUGCUGCAUUUCAACAGAAUAUCAACGAAACAAAAAAAAAGACAAGAAAGGAACAAAAAAAAUGCAACCGUUCUUCACUGACAGCCAGGUUUCCUUUAGGAACUUCUGUAGGAUGAUUCAGGUCAUCAGAAUGAUCAUUGCUAUAGAGAGGAAGUCUGGAUUAUUUUUUCCAACACAAAAAUAUGUCUCAAUGGUGAAUGUCUUGCACUCCAUCUGCCAACCACAUCAGAUUGGUAUGAAGGUAGAGAAGCUGAAAAAUAAGUUUAUCUUUUAGUAUGAUAGUAACUCCACUAGCUUCAGAGUAUCAUGUUACAGUUGCUUAGGAUUUAAAUCUUAAUGCCCAGUAAAAAAUUGAGUAGUAGCAUGAUUUCACCUAGCUUCUUUUAGGAUUUAUCCAUGUUAUACAAUUGGCACAGUUUUCCACUUAGCUCACCAUCAGCCGUGGUGGUAAUGCUAAACAACACUCCUGACAAAUCUCCCCUCAAGGGUUUGGACAGAAAAUAAUCUCUUGUGAUAUAAUCUCUUUCCUUUUGUCACUGUUCUGACAUCGAUUAGGACUUCCUGCUACUAUGUUCAUUAUCCUACCAAGACAGCAAUUCUCUAAUGGACUAACAGCGACCAGAUCAAUAGUGUGUUUCACACCUAACUACAUCUUUCAUAUCAGUUAAUUUCAAUGUCACAAGGAUUUCUUCUACAAAAUUUCAGAACAAACAAAUAUAUAGUACUGACAUGGAGAUUUCUUUCACUUUUUUAGUCUUAGUACGAUCAUCUAUUUUUAUAUAUAUAAAUAUAUAUAUAAAUCACAGAUUUUAACUUCUUAAUUACAAGCUCAGGGUUGACACUUCUUUGUAAGAAAAAAAUGUUUGGUCAACCAGCUCUUCUUUCUUUGUGCUGCUCUGAAAAGUAACCCUUUAAUGACUGGUGAGCACGAACAUCAAAGAAGAGAAUUUUUUACAUAUCCAGUUGUCCAUUUCUUAACAAGUUUGCAGGGCAGGGGAGAAAACCUCUCUCACCUGUGUGUAUUUGCGGGGAGCAAGUGAGUUUGUGUGAUAGGCCUAAAGAAGGACACGGAUGUUAUUUGUGAUGGCAAUUGUACUCUCAGAUUCUCCAAGGAUACAUUGCUUCAAUAAUCAUUGCCUAAAUGACUAUGGUCCUGGAUAGAGUUUCCCUAAUUUGCAUCUGGUGGUAAGACCCAAGAUGGAAGCUCUUUGAAUCCUGGACAAAUGAGUGUCAGCAAUUAGACAUCAAAACCUUCCCUUUUCCAUCAGCAACAGACAAAGGGCUUCUGGGACAGUUCUGUGUGGUGUUGAAAUGAUCCACCAGAAACUUAUUUCCUGAUUCUUACGGUGACUCUGGAAAUGGUAUAGACAAAUUGUGGUAACACUGUAAAGCUAGCCAACCACAUUACAAUUUAACAGCAGAGCAGGUAGAUCAUAUCCAUUGCAAUCUCUUUUUCUUGUCAAAUUAUAAUUAGUUAUUGAUCUAGGCAUGAAAUUAAAACAGAAAACACACAGCACGUUAGGAUAAAGUAUACUUAAGCACUCUUACCAAAAAGUAUUUAGAAGCUAUCUAUAUAGUAUGUCUGAUAUCAAAAAGCAUUGUUUUGAGCCAUUUGUAUUCCAUUCUUUUUUCUCCCAUUUGUUUGUUUACUUCAAAGUAUAACGAGCUGUUCUUCUGGGCACAGCCUAGUAUGCAGGAGUCGCUGGCUAGGUGUUCAGAUCACACGUCUUACACCAGCCAUACCAGUGCUUCCUGCUGCUCUGGUGGUUUCCUCUAGAACAGGUCUUUUGAUUCAGUAUUCACAUCUUCAGGAAGUUAAACAGCAGAGUUUAAACCCAUUCUCACAGGCUUUUAUGUUGGCCCUGGUACAGCAGGUACCAAGCAGAGGAUCUUGUCUUUUAAUUUUUUUCCUGAACUUGCACAUGCAGCUUUCUACAAGGAGUCCCCUUUAAAGCUCCCUCACAGUCCAUCUCUUUCUAUCCGUAUGUGCAAUUUUUCCACACUGCUCCUCCUCAGCAACUUUGUUUCAGGACCAUUUGAGCAUCAUUUUGAUUUAACCCAUUGUGUGUUUAUUCAGUGGUAACUAAUACUAUUUCCAUCUGAUUAUUCUGGGCCUGGAAGCUUACUGACAGGUAACAAAGUCCAAGCUGUCUGAGGCAAGUCUUCUGUUGUAUCUGCUCCACACUGCUGGUUAGGGAGCUUAGCCUCAGCCCACAUUUAGGUGAUCUGAUGACUGUUUUCAGCUGAUGCAGACAAACUGGGUGUCCAGGGUGCUCUUAGCUAUUUGUAGACCUCCAUAAACUCAUGGGCAAGGAGUAAGAGGGAUCCCUAAGAACAAGGGGGUUUGCUGAAGGCUGUUCUCACUCAGGGAGGUCACAGGAGGCGCCCUGCUGUGCUUGGACUGGAUCUUAAAAGCUGCCAGUGCAACAACAAACCAGAUUAAUCUAUGCUGAAAUGUGAUCAUCUUGUGGGAGUUGUGCCAGAAAUUUAUGUCUUCCAUAUUAUUUCUCCUCUUAUUUUCCUACUAUGCAUGGUGAUGUCUUGUCAGGAGAUGGAGAUGCCUUUGUGUGAGGUAUUAGGCAUAUAUUUCUUUAAUAGUCCCUAAAGAUCGAAUACUUUCUUCAUACAAUGCUUUUUUUCCCUGAGAUUAAGAGAGUUAUUAAAUCUACAAAGCAAAUGAAAUUGGGAAUGAAGGAAAGAAAAGGAGUAUUCGUAUUCAUAAAUGUGAGAAUCUACAUAAUUUCCAAUGUUUCUAUUUGCACAUGCUUUACAUCAAAUAACUCUCCUUCCGAGGUAAUUUUUUGGUACUCCAUAAUUUAAAUAUUUCUCUUCUGUUAGCAGCUGGUAAAGUAAGAAAUUAUAAAGAUGACAACUACCUGUUCAAGAAAGAGGACACAAGUCCUCAGGAAAAGUCCUUUAAUUGUGUAAACUCUUUAUGAUGUGUGAUCCAGAAGUUUUUGACAUUUUAUGUUCUUUUAAAGUGGAGGCUAUUAAAAAAAAAAAUCAGAUGGAAUUAAUAACAUAAAAGUGCUAUAGACCCCUGCGAGGUUUUCCAUUUAAGUAUUAAUUAAAUUGCUUUUGCAUUGUCCAAAUUUUUAGUGUACUGCAGAUUUUCCAGCUGAUGAUUCAUUACACACUACUGUAACUGCAGUGCAAACUACCAGAGCUCUGGCUACACUUAAGCAUUUCAAAAGAGACAAUCAGAAAGAAUUGAAAAAAGAGGGUAGAUAUUUCCUGCUAAAGAGGAAGAGCAGAAGAACCUGUGCCUUGGGGUUCUGCUAAGGGCUGAUCUAUCCCGAUUCCCUAAGAGGCAUUGCAGAGCUCUGUCCAUGGAAAGCUCCAAAAAUCUGAGCCUCAACCAUACAAAUCAUCCCACUUUUGCAGGAUUUUUAAGAAGGACAAUUCCCACAGAUGUGUGAACCAGUUUGAGCUGCUUUCAUGCAAAAUGGCUGUGAGCUAGAGCUGUUCUUGGGAGGUGGACUGCAUGUGCAGCAUCUCAGCAUACAGCAGUUGCCUUCAGUUUACUAACCAACUGAAUCAUUAUCAAAUGUAACUAUACUUAUUCACAGAGACUUUUAUUACUUCAACAUGAAAAAUAAAUUACAGCACUGAUGCAA